CGAAGUCAGUAGCGACUGCUUGUUCUCAGCUCGUAGCUAGACUGUUUCCAGAUGGGAAAUCUGAACUGCUGUUCGAGAGGUUUUCGUCUCAAGGAUACAAGAAGAGUCUUCCCUUUGGGGUCCGAAAACUCAGCUGCCCACCAUGAGCAGCAGGCCAGAAAAAUUAGCAUUUGGAAGAACAACAGAGUGUACCCUGUAGACGAGCCAAUUGAAGCUCCUGUUGAGGACAUAACAGAGGAGCUUUCAUGUGAGGACUUUCUAGAGGAGGAGAUCCCAUCGUCAGUCAAGGUAGACCUAGAAGCAAUCAGAAACCGUACGUGUUCUAGAGUCACUUACACACUGACGAGAACUCCAACUGAUGAGAAAGUUCCUCCCGAGGAUCUGCCACAGGAGUUUCCUAGAGAUGGGGAAAAUGAGGAGACCACAUCAAAUGCCAGUGUCGCCUCACUCGUAAAUGAAGACGACUGGAUCAUGGAGAGCAUAUGUGGUUCCAGCUGUGAGGAUAAAGACUCUCCAGAAGACUACUUUGCAGAUGUUGAAGACUCCGAAAGAGGAAGCAACAACCCACAUCUGUCAACUAAGUCUCUGGUUCUGCGUUCAAGAGAUAGUACUGAGGAUAUCAAAGGAGAUGAAGAACAGGAAGGGGAGAUGAAAACCAACACAACUGGGGAGAGCACCGAAGUGGCCGCUCCUGUGCCCGACCACACAAACGAAGACGAGGAGACUGAAGAAACCCCAACAAACUUCGUAACUGACAUCUGGGAAGGCAUCUCCCCCUGGACUUCAGAGUUUCUGGAAUUUUCCAAGUACUGGGAAACGUAAAUCUGAUACAAGGACAAGAAGCCUCCUCCCUGCUCAUCUUUCCCUGUGUCACUAAUGUAGUGGCAGUUCAUUUUUUAAUUGUCUAGAUUUAGUAUUAGCUGUAGAGAUAAGUUGUGUAUUUCAUGUUGGUGUUUUUCCUAUUAAAUAAUAGUUAUCUCUUA